AUGGCUGAAAACACUGAGAUCGACUACACGCUCAACAACCCCGAUACCCUGACCAAGUACAAGACCGCCGCCCAGAUCUCCCACAAAGUGCUCGAGGCCGUUUCAGCCCCCGGAACGGGAGUCAAGGGUGAGGGUACCCCCGAAGUACAGGAAAUCUGGGGUGUCGAGGUCGGGCUCAGCUUGGGAUCCGGCAAGGUCAAGACUCUCGAGCAUAGACCAACUUUGCACCGCCGUACCACAACUACAUAUAUCCUCAAGAGACCCAGCUCCAGACAGACUCUGUCCGAGAUUGUCAAGAAGUUUGGAACUUUCCCCUUCAGCUUGCGCCAGCUGGAUGACGAGCGGGCCGGCAAGGUCGGCGUCGUCGAGUGUGUGCGAGGUGGCGUCGUGCGUCAGUACGAGCCAGCCGGAGAGGCAGACGGUUCUCCAGUCUCGAGACUUUUGACAACAGUUGCCAUUUUGAAAAAUGGACUGAGCAGACUGGCUGCUCCACCGCCACUUGACCUGGAGAAGGUCCAGUCAGACAAGAAGAUCACUGAUGAAGAAGUGCUGGCCAUCCUGGAGCGUCCACUGGCCAAGUCCACGGGAUCCAAGGGCAAGAAGAAUAAGAAGAAGAAGAAGAAGCCGGCCAAGAAGCCUGUCGAGGAGGAAGAUGAUGACGAGGAAGAAGAUUCCGACGAGGAGUAG